AUGUCAACAACUGUAAAAUGUGUGUCUUGUAAUAUUGUAAUCAAUGAAGUACUUGCUUUCAUUUGUAAUAAAAUGGACAUUAUGGAUGAGGAGAGUAUCAGCCGUAUAUGUGUCACGGCGUUCUCUCAAAAUGAUAUUGUGACUGCGAAACGGUUACUGUAUGAAUCGUUAUCGAAGCAGAUAAAGAUCAGAAAACGUGAUGGAAAGACUUUAAGAGAUAUUGAUGACAUCCUCUGUACGCUGAAAGAAGCUGAUCCAGAAGUCCUACCGAUCUUCGUCGCACGGGAGUUGCAAAAACUACCCCCAGUUCUUUUCGACCAUGUCGAUGUUACACAAAUUCUCAAGGACUUAGUGAAGAUGCGUCAGGAUCUCAACAAUAUUUCUCAGUACUAUGCAAGUAAGGAGGAUUUUAAUAUACUGAAACAUGACAUUGAAACGCUGAAGGGUGCCUCGGUUGCAAAUAAUCUCUCUAGAAACAUAAAUCCGAAGAGGGGAGCUUGUAUGUUACAAAGUUUCGAAUGUAACAGUGGUCCUAUGGGGUUGCAGCCUUUCAGCAAUGAGAAGGACAUUUGUGAGGGUCCCUGCUCAUUAUCACCGAGCAGAAAAAACCGUUAUAAAAAUCAUCAUCCCGAAGAGGGUAGUAUUGAAAACAAAUCAUCGACCAAACAAAUGAAUAACGGUGCGUCACCGGCUGACUUCGUCGAGUCAGCUGUGAGCGGAUCGCUCGAAGAGGUAAACAAACCAAAGCUUACGCCGAGCGAGCGCAUGACUCAUGCGUUGAAUGUUCCUGCGCCUACAAUACCGUCAGACGGGCCGUUCUACAAUGACUGCAAGCCGCAGGAUAGAAAAUCUUACUCUAAAGUUUUGGAACAGGGCGAAUGGAAGCCUCAAGAAGAAAAUAAGCAAUGGAUAUUGGUACAAAAAAAAAGAUUGAAAAAUCAAUUUGUUAGUAACAAAGGGAAAGCCGUUGUCGAAUCAAAUGUAAAUUUUAAAGCGGCGGAUAUACGAAUACCGUUGUAUAUUUAUAACAUAGCGAAAGAUGUGACGAAAGACGAUAUUCUAAAUUAUGUAAAAAAUAAGACGGAAGUCUCUGUUGAUUUGGAGAAAGUUAUUAUGAAAAUCCCAAAAGAUUAUGAUGCAUACAAAGUCUAUGUGCCUAAAAGUAAAAUAGCAUAUUUUUUAAGAGAUGAAUUUUGGCCGGAAGGGGUGGCAUUUAGACGCUUUAUAGACUUCAAAGGAAGACACCGAAGUGGUCAAAUGCCCAGGACUACCUUUAAUCAAUAA